UCAUCGAGGAAGUUUUUUCCCAUCACAUUCUUCGGUUCCAUCACCUGGAUCGCAGUAUUCUCUUACCUGAUGGUCUGGUGGGCGCACCAGGUUGGAGAGACAAUCGGCAUUAGUGAAGAAAUUAUGGGUCUGACCAUCUUGGCUGCUGGGACCUCCAUCCCUGACCUUAUCACCAGUGUCAUAGUGGCCCGGAAGGGGCUGGGGGACAUGGCCGUGUCCAGCUCUGUUGGAAGCAACAUUUUUGACAUCACCGUAGGGCUCCCACUGCCCUGGCUCCUGUACACCGUCAUUCACAGAUUCCAGCCAGUGGCGGUCAGCAGCAAUGGCCUCUUCUGUGCCAUCGUCCUCCUCUUCAUCAUGCUGCUCUUCGUCAUCCUCUCCAUCGCCCUCUGCAAGUGGCGGAUGAACAAAGUGCUGGGCUUCAUCAUGUUCGGCCUCUACUUCGUGUUCCUGGUGGUCAGCGUCCUCCUAGAAGACAGAAUUCUUGUGUGCCCGGUCUCCAUCUAGCAGGAAAAGCCAUAUCUUGAACCAACAGCAUGGACAGCCCCUCCCUGCUCUGGGCUCUAAGCUCCUUGAUUUCUGGAGAAGAGGCAGGCGGCACACAGCCCUGGGUGCUGAGUGUCCCUCCUUGGUGGAUUUGAGGAGGGACAGACUCACGCUGGGCCCGUUCACUUCACAGACUGCAGCCACCCUUGCCUACUGAGAUGACUUCAUGUGAGAGACAGAGACCCGUCCACCGGGGGCUUCUCUUCUCUCACCACUGACAGGUACUCCUUGCUGGUUGGAGGUACAUUCGCUGUAAUGAUGCAAACCAGGACCGAGGCUAUAUUAUAAAUAUACACACACAAACACACAAAUUCUGCCUGUUCCUGUACUAUACCUCUCCUUCCAUACCUAUAGGUGAAUACAUACCUGUAUACUAACACAAGAAAAGAACAAUUACAUAUAUAUAUAUAUAAAAUCAUAUAUAUAUAAAAGUACAAAAGCAUCUUUUCAGGGAUAGCUCUAGUUAUUUAUAGUACGUAUCUGAAGAGGGGCAUCAGCCCCCAGCCUGGGGUUUACCUCUUAAGUGCAAGAGGUGACUAGUGGAAUUAGCAAAGGUAGCACUACUAUGACCUGCAGUCUGCCAGGGAUCUACUGGGAUCCUGCCUGGUAAGGUAGACAGUUUAGAGAAAUAGUUCACAAGGAGGGCUUGGUGGAGAGGGUCUGUCGGGGCCCUGAGUUGAGCUCUCCAAAACAUUCCCACAAGCCAAACAGGGAUGACUAUCUGCCCACCCCCACUGGGGUGCACUGACUGAAACCCCACAGGGUUACUUAGGACAGACAGAGGUAAAACCCAGACUGGGUGGAUAUUGGUUUGGGGGAAAGGGGGAGGUGACCAGGGUUGGAUUUGUUUUGUUUUGUUUUUCCUUAUAUUGUCCCAGCAUGCAAAUAGAAAAUAUGACUAUAAACCAAAUUAGUGCUUUUCUAGGACAGCAAGACUAUAUAAACUGAACCUAUAUUGUUCCAAUGCAUGUCCCAUUAUCAUCAAAUGAAGAGGGUGAGUUUAGCUGUGAUUGUCACUUAGACAUAUUUUGAUGCUAAGGGCUCACAAGCAGUCAAAACACCUGCCAAGAGAGCCUAGAUGUCUGAAAAAAAUCACCAUCCAGCAGAGGUGCUUGCAGGGACUUGCCACCUAAUGGGAACAUAAGAGCACAGUUCUUUAUAGCAUUUUCCAGUGUGGCCGUAGGGCUUCAGGGUCUGAAGAAAUCAUUAUUCCCAAUAAAGUAAAUUAACUCAGAUCAAUACUGCUUGGAUUGAGGCAGCUUAGAGAUGUUUGGAAAGGCAGUUGCACACUCCACAUGCCCCGGGAAGGGUUCUGAGUCCUGCAUCAAUUCGUGCCAGGACCAGGAUUUGGUUAAAGCGUAUGCAUCAUCCAUAUCUCUUCUUUCAUCAGGACCCCACCUGGGACUCUUUCUGGUUUUUAAAGUGCGCUAAAGGCUAUACUUGAGAGCUUCUUUACACUGGUUUCAAGCGAGUCACUCCAAUGUUUUGAUUUCCUGAUUUUGCUCACCAUCACAUGGGAUAUAUUCAUCUCAUUCAUUCAAUGCCCCCAGAUUCUGUUUGACACCUAUGUGAUUUCUCAGUCUAUGCCGGUAGAAAAUGAGACCAGCAGGGGGAAUUUAAAAAUAGGCAAAUUAAAUUGAUGAAAAAAUAUGUAGAGCUUUUCAUUUCCCAAAGUCAUGCUUUCCUUCAACCCAGCUGAACAAGUGGAUAGCUGGCAAGUGGCUGGGUGGCACACACCACAAAUGGGGAACUUCACCAGGUGUGUUCCUGUCUCCAGUCUAUUUUGUCACAGAGCAUGGUAGUAACAGGCAGUGGCCCUCGUUGCUCUGCACCUACAAGCAAAAUGCACCUCCCCGCGGAGGCCUCCUGGCAAAACAAGAAAUCAGGAUGCUGCCACCUAGGAGUCUCUCCUGCUUUGCAAAGUCGGGUUUUCAGAUGUGUGAAGGAAACCUACAUCUCCUUCAUCAGGGGGUGGCGGGACUUUGUAUCAAGGCAAGAAUCUGUGCUGAUUCCUUAAGUGUAAGACAAUGAGGAAGUGAACUUUUAGUUGAAAAAACUCUGGUUGUUUUCCCUGUGUAUUACAUGAGGGGGAGCAAAGUUGGUUAUUGUGAAUGCUGUGUUAUUGACUGGUUUGUUGUUUGAAAGAAAGUUUAAAUAGGUGGCUUAGACUAUAUAAAACAAGAAAGGCUGAGGGAGGUCCGUGCCGCCCCGUUCUCAUUCCAGCACUGCCCGGUCCUCCCUGCCCCCGCACUCCUCCCCGUUCAUUCCCAGCUCGCAGUGAAAACCCAUCCAAGCAGCCAUGGAGCACCUUCCUUGCCUGGGAGCUCCGCUUCACAGGAGGCAUGUGGUCUUUAGUGAAGAGUGGCAUUUGGGAAGACAGCAUUUGCAAGCCCAGUUCCCAUCUCAAUGAUGUGCACUGAGCGUGACCGACAGCAGCACUGUGUCCUCAUUGAUGGUGUACAAGCACCUUCCACCACUUGCCCUUGCUGUCCCUUCAUUUAUGAAUCUGUGGGUAGAUGGUCGUGUGUUGGGCCAGGGUAAAUUCAGAGAGAAGCAUCUAGAAUGCAAGAGUGGGUCUUUAAAAGAAUUCAAAUCAUGCACAUAAUUAGAAUAAAGAACUUUCUGCUUCAUGGUUUCCAGAGUAGGACAUCUCUAACCCGUUUCUUGCAUGCCUGUGUAUGAGGGGACUUCAAAAAGUUCAUGGAAAAUUGAAUUAAAAGAUAAUAUGAAUCUUUCCAUGUACUUUUUGAACACCCUUCAUAUAUACAUAUAGUAUAAAUAUAUAUAUAUAUAUACAUUCAGAUCAGAUCUAUAUGUGACAUACAGUAUCAUAUCGUCACUGUCUGACCCAUUCACAUUCAGGAUUUAAAAGCAUCAAGUUUGCCAAAGUCAAAGGAAAGUCAUGCACACCAAACAAAGGGAACAUUUCUUCCUGAUCUCAUAAGAUUGUUUUGUUCUGUACACAUAUACAUACAAACAUAUACACAUGCACCCGUAUUUUCCCACCCUGAGAAUAUAGAUUGACAGCCUUAAGGAAGUGGCCAGCCUUAUCCCUAACGGAGGCAAAUACACAACAGAAAGUACACGGAAAAAAAUUAGACGGCAGAUACUCUCUUUGCUUCCCUGGAGCAGGGUAUAAAACAUAGUUGUCCUUCAGUAUCCACCAGGGAUUGGUUCCAGGAUGCCCACAUAUACCAAAACCUGUGGAUACUCGAGUCUCGCAGUUGGCUGCUGAACCCACAGAUAUGAAGUCAGUCCUUCAUAUAUGCAAGUUCCACAUCCCUCAAAUACUGUAUUUUCAAUCCAUGGCUGAUUGAAAAAAAAAUCCAGUAUAAGUGGAUCCAUGUAGUUCAAACCCAUGUCGUUAAGUGUCAACCGUAAUAUCAAAAUUUCAAGGGCCAGCAUUUUACUGCUUAAUCUAACACAACUUGCUAUCAGAUGGCUUCAUUUACCCACAGCAAACCAAGCAGGUCUUGCUUGCUUUCACCUCCCCUGUAGUCCUAGGCAGCCCUAGGACAGGAGAGCAACUUGGCUCAAACCAAGAAUCCCCAAAUAGAAACUUCUAAAUUGCAUCUGAGAAUUCCCACGCAUGUUCAGCUGCCUUCUGAACCUGACCAGUUCCUGAUGAACUGAAGCUGGAGAUUAGAUAGUGUUUAUGCAGCUUCCCAGGACCUAAACUGAGUCAGGCAGUGACAGAUUGGGAAAGCAGAGUACAUGUGCAGAGACUAAAGGCUAGGGUUGUUUAUCCCCUUGGCAGAUGCAGCAGAAUAUCCUAAAGUCUUGCCCAGGAGAUUAUAAAAAGAGGCAGGGACUGUUUCAUAUUUAGGGAAAAUGCUUUGUAGGACUUCUAACAGGUGUCACCUGACAGGCGCCAUUAUAAUUUAUUUUACAGGGAAGACAUGAAUCAGGUGGUUUGGAGCCCUUUCAGCAAAACACAGCUGCCUCGCUGAUUAGACAUUUGAUAAUGUUAAUGUACGUCCAUUUCUGGGCAGAGAGAGAGUUGGCAAACUCCCUACCAUUGCUCACAGCUUUCAAAUGCCCCUGUAACAGUGAGAUAGGAGAUGAGCUAUAAAAGGAAGCCCCUCAACUCCCGGACCACCUUAACAGAAAGUUGACCAAGGAAAUGACAACUGGUAGAGCUGCUAGCCAGAUAGAGUUAAAAAGAUGGGACUCGUGUUAAAUGCUCUCCUGGAAUUACUGCAUUGGAAUAUUGGACAUGGGUCAGAUGGCCUGACUGAAUGAGCAUUUCAGGAAAAUGUCAGCAUGCUUUCUUCCCCACAUCUACCACACACACACACACACACACACACACACACACACACACGAGAUUGUGUGAAGGCUGUGCUUCUUUGCAUCUAGACAGAUUGUUACUCCAGUAAGUGGUCAUGUUAUAGGUGGCAGCUCUGUUCCAGAAGAAGUAGAGGGAAGCUGUUCUCAGGGUGGUUUCUGGAUAAAUCAACUGUCUGCUAAAAGUGUGCUAUGGAAGCUAAUGCUCAUUCUUGCUAACCAUCCAGCUUAACAGUUUUAAAAUAUACAUCCUCAUCUCCUAUACCUCCCUCAACAAUACUGUCUUCGAUUAGUAGGUAAGGCCUUGUCAUUAAGAGACAGU